GAAAUACGAACAGUCGUUGGUCGGCCGCGGUUCAGAUUGUGGUGGUCGCCAAUUUCUCAUUCCGUUCAAAAGCGGCAGCCGGUGAGCGCCCAAUUCGUGUUCCUCCGAGCUUUUAACAAAUAGUAUUUAAAAAGAAUUCCCAUCCCAAGAAGAUACACAUGUGUUUACUUUAUCUAUUAAACUGCAAUUAGAUUUAGAUGCCCAUGCGGUGCGUGUAUGUUUAAUAUUGAGUAAUUCAGUUGGGCAGUGAAUGGAGCGCCGGGUGAUAGUGGGUUGAUUUGACUAAUCCAGUAGAAGUUCGGAAUAGGAUCUGUGCUCGUGGAUUUUGAUAUUCUCUCCCGAUGAUUUUAUCUAACUUGCCGGUACAGAUUUUACAAGUUGAAGGGUCAAAUUAGAUCGUCUGCCAAUUUACUCAAAAGUUAGUUGUUUUAAGUAUUCACGAGGUUGAAGCGAAGUGCGGAACUAUGGCGGAUCAAACGCUGCUCAAUGGAAGUGCGAAAAAUGGCAAAAUAGUUGGAGCCCACAUUGGUAACGGCGAAAUCUCAACCAUAACUACCGGCAACGGUGUGAACAAUAGCAAGGACGAAUUGGCCGUUUUCAGUAGUAGCAAUAACGUUCAUCGACAUCGGGACUUCGACAUCGCCGAGCCUCCGGAUGGAGGUUUGCGCGGCUGGAUGGUGAUGAUUAGUGCAUUUAUUUGCAACGGUGUUCUUUUCGGCAUCAUCAACACGUACAGCGUCAUCCAUUCCUACCUUCAGGAGAAGUUAACAGAGCAGCAUGACGCCGAGGCUUCGAGCAAAGCCGCUUUGGUUGGAUCUCUUACCAUUGGUACAACAUUCCUACUAUCGCCAAUAGCUGGUGUCCUUACGGAUAAGAUUGGCUUACGACGAACAACUUUAUUUGGUGGACUUCUAUCCGCUGGUGGAAUGUUCAUCUCAUCAUAUUGCACUGAAAGUAUUGAAGCACUCUACCUCACCUAUGGAGUUAUGUUCGGUUUGGGAGCUGCAUUAGCCUAUACACCGACCCUAGCAAUCUUGGGACAUUAUUUUAAGAAAUACUUGGGAAAGGUGAGCGGAUUUGUAACGGCUGGGUCAAGUGUUUUCACGGCUAUCCUACCUGCUGCACUGGAUUACUUGGUCAAAUUUCAUGGCUUAAGGGUGACAUUGCUCUGCAUGGCAGGGAUUUUGUGCUUCGUGAUUGUAUGCGCGUUUGUUUAUAAGCCACUCCAUCCACCACCGCAACCAGUGGCAAGGAAGCCAGGACGAUCGGAGUUGAAUACAUUCAUGAGGACUAUGAUAAACGUAGACAUUUGGAAGAGGAAGAGAUAUGUAAUAUGGGCUCUGUCAGUGCCUAUAGCGCUUUUUGGAUACUUCGUUCCAUAUGUGCACAUGGUGAAGUUCAUACAGACAUCAUUUGAGGAUUCGAAUGAGAAUCUACCAGUUGCAUGUAUUGGCAUUUCAUCAGGAAUUGGUCGUUUGUUGUUCGGAAUAAUAGCUGAUCUGCCUGGAGUGAAUCGAAUUUUCCUACAGCAAAUAGCCUUAGUAUUCAUUGGAACACUGACUAUGCUCCUUCCUGCAACUAAUUCCUAUGUUCUCUUGAUCAUCUUUGCCCUAAUUAUGGGACUUUUUGAUGGAUGCUUUAUAUCGCUACUGGGACCAAUCGCCUAUGAGUUGUGUGGACCAAGAGGAGCAACGCAGGCUAUUGGAUUUCUAUUGGGAAUGAGCUCGAUUCCACUCACAGUUGGUCCUCCAAUAGCUGGAAAGCUGUUCGAUCUCACAGGCUCUUAUACAACGCCUUUUGUAUUGGCUGGAAUUCCACCAUUAAUCGGAGCCACAAUGAUGUUCAUGAUGCGAUGUAUACGUGAUGAAAAUGCUGUCCGGGAUAUCGCUGAAGUCAAUGAAAGAAACGAACCACUUACGAAAACUGCUUGGGAUUUAGAGGGCAAAUUAGACCAUCACCAGACCAAUGGUUUCACGCAUUCUGUGAAUGAUACAAGGAAAGCUUCAUUGGCCACAACAGAAUCACUUAAUGAUGUGCACACAACAUCCAACUGAGUCGUCCUUUAUUGGAACAAAAUUUUAUCGGAAUUCACAAAAUCUUCACUGUUUUGAUGUAAAGUGCAAACUCAAUACCAAAUUCGAAUAUAAAUUUUACUCAACUUACCCCAAUUUAAGCUCGUAAGAGCCCACUACACCGAGUGGUGGCUCAUAAUCGCUUUGUCGUUAGUUUGUAAGUUAGGACUAAGGUACGUAAGUACACACAUUCACGUAAACAUUCUGCAAUUGUCUUGAAUUAAGAUUGAUAAGAUUUUAUUUAUUUCUAUUUUGAAAUUAUGCAUGCUAGUGGAUGUCAAGAUGAUUGUAACGAUUUUGCUGAAACUUUUUCCAAUUUUAUCUUCAGACCUUAAGUCUGUUGUGUUCGGAGUACUAUUGUCAGUUGAAUAGAUGAAUAAAAAAUGCAGAAGUUUUACCUUCUGCCACGA